GAAAGUUUUAACAUAAUUUGUUUGUUCUAGUAUGCUUCUGUACCAUAAAAUUAUUUUUGUGUAUUUUAGUAUGCUUUUACCGUCGCAAAAUUAAUUACCUAUGAUUUUUUUUUCUAGUUAUCAUAGUGAUUUACCAAACAGCAGAUGAAAACAAGUAUGCAAAAAACCAUUAUUUUAACAUCUUCACAAUAUCAAUUGCUUCGGCCAAUAAUUUGGAUUUGUAAAUGUUUUUGUAUUUUACCUUUUACAAUUAAAAAAUCUGAUAACGUCUGGUGGAUUUAUUCGUCAUGGUGGAGCGUCGUUACUGGGGCGAUUGGAGUUAUAACAAUAGGUACAUUAAUUUUAUAUGGGAUCUACACUAAAUAUAAUAUGGACGUAGUUUUCAAAUUAAAAUCGAAUAGUAUUGGGACUAAACUUGUUAAUGGUGCUAGUAUUUCUACACUUAUGACAACAUUUCUUAUAUGUUAUUUAUCUUCGAUUAUAAAUUUUAAAUAUUUACUAGAAUAUUUUGUGCAAUUGAGUAAGGCAGAUGACUUUACCAAAUAUAUACCAUCUAUACAGAAAUAUAAGAUCUACAACAAAAUUCUAUAUUCUACAAUUUUAACUAAGAUGUUUAUAUACACGACUGAUUUAGCAGUAUGGGCCAAAAUUGCACUUCCACAUUCUAGUAUAACUUCUUAUUUGAUACGUCAAUUACCUUUGUACGUAUUAUUCGUCACAAUGGAAUUUGCCUCAAUAUAUUACCAUUUUUUAGUAAAGUGUUUAAAUGAGAGGCUGAAGUACUUAAACACUCGUUUGAAGGGCUAUUCAUGUAAUUACAAAAAUCCAGAUAAAAAAUCCAUAAUUGAUGGUUCCAUCACAAAAUAUGAUUCUAAAUUUUUUCUUCAGAAUGACAUUAUGUUUGACAGGAGAUCAGUACCUUUCGAUGAAUCCAAAAUUAAUUAUCUUAAUGGUUAUGAAUGUCUGUUUGAAUCUAGUACAGCUUUAAACAAUUAUUUUGGAGCAAAAUUAUUAAUAUUGUUAUUUGGAGUAUGCUUUUAUUUGUUAAGACAUCCUUAUGAUUUAUAUAUUGCGAUAUUAAACCGAGACUAUCUUUUAAUGAUGUUGCAAGUGUUAUGGAUAAUUGGACACGUAUGGCGAUUGCUUCUUUUAAUUGAACCGUGUAACUCUGUAGAGCAGGAGGUUCAAAAGAUGUCACUGAGGGUAUGCAAGCUGUUAAGUCAUAACACUGAGAUACAAUCUAAUGAAAAGCUUCAAUUAUUACUUUCAAUGUUGGAUCGUUGUCCUAUCAAAUUUACCUCAUGUAAUAUCGUUGCAAUGGACAGGCAUUUACUAAUUUCGAUAGCAGGAGCUGUUACAACGUACUUAGUGAUCCUUUUACAAUUUGGCGAAGAAGAAUAAAGCAAGCAGAUCUAGAUUAUAAUUUUAUGGGACAGAUUUUGAAUUUUUACUACAAACACAUCUAAUGUUUGCCUUUUAUGGUUAAAUGUAAAAAAAUUAUAAAAUAAUCUAUAAAAAUACGACUAUU